AUGGGACAAACAACAAGAUUGUGGGCCGUACUGGCGGGACUGUUCUCCAUUGUGGCUGCUCACGACGUCGCCAAUCAAAAGGUCGACCAACUUGCAGCCGCCUUGAAGGACACGAACGGGCAGAUCGAGACUACCGACAACGGUGUGCAAGUGAAUACCUCAAAUUCCCUCCGCGCUGGCCCUCGCGGCUACAACCUCCUUGAAGACACCACGGUGCGGAAGAAGAUGAUUCACUUCGAUCGUGAGCGUGCGCCCGAGCGAGUUGUCCAUGCGCUCGGACAUGGCGCUUACGGUACUUUCUCAUCCUACGGUGACUUCUCCAACCUCACGACCGCUUGCUGGCUCCGCGAUGGAGCUGUAAGCGAGGUCUUCACUCGCUUCUCCGUCGUUGUGGCGAGCGUUGGUGGUUCCGAGAGCGGACGAGACACGCACGGCUUCGCUACGAAAAUCUACAGCGAAUGUGGCAACCAGGACUUCGUGGGCAACCACUUGUCCUCCUUCUUCAUAAAUGAUGGCGCUGAUUUCCCCGACCUUAUCCAUGCUGUCAAGUAUGAGGCGGACAAGGGCUUUCCCACUGGGGGUACGGCGCACAGGACAGCAUACGACUUCUUCGGCCAGCACCCAGAGGGCGCAUUCCAGCUCAUGAACGUCCUAUCCGAUUUGGGCAUACCACGCGACGUUCGUCACAUCUCCGGCAAUGGUGUCCACACGUUCCGCUUCAUCAACGUUGAAGGCAAGAGCACUCUCUUCAAAUGGUUCUUGCUGCCCAAACUGGGCCACCGUUCGCUUGCCUAUGAUGAGGUGACUAAGAUUGCCGGCAAGAACAACAACUUUCAGCGCGUGGACCUCUACAACAACAUCGCUGCUGGGAUCUAUCCUGAAUGGGAGUUUGCUGUCCAGCUGUUCCCCGACGAUGGAUCGUACAUGUGGAACGGCUAUGACUUGCUCAUUCCCACGGUCAUCGUUCCGUUCGAGAAGAACCCGCCGGUCAAGCUGGGCAAGCUGACCCUCAACCGGAACUUCAACAACUUCUUCGCCGAGCCGGAGUCCAUCUCUUUCGCUCCCUCGAAUGUCGUCGAUGGUGUCUCAUUCGUUCCAGACCCGCUACUGCAAUGGCGUCUGAUGAGCUACGACGAUACUGCCACGCAUCGGCACGGCUCUCCAAAUGGAUUCACGCUACCGAUCAACCGUCCCAUCGCUCCGGUGAACAACAACUACCGUGACGGGUACAUGCAGCCGUACAUUUUCGAGGGCAAUUCAACUUCCACUCCGAACGACAUCGGCGGCGUACAAGAGCCUGGUGCCAACGCAGCGCUCCACUACACAUCCGCAGGAGAAAGGGCUGGUGCUGGCCCGGUCGGGAGAUACGUCGCCCAGUACGACUGGUUUGGCCAAGCACGCCUGUUCUGGAACACGCUUGACAAUUACGCUCAGCAGCACACUGUCGACGCGUAUCGCUUUGAGCUUGGCAAUGUCGGGAAUGCGGAUGUGGUGCAGCGUUACAUCGACAAUACGCUGGAUAAAAUCGAUACCUGCCUUGCUAGACGAGUCGCUUACGGCAUCGGAGCGACUAUGCCUCCGGCCAACACGACAGCGUCCAGAUCGACCAUGCAACGGAGGAGCAACUCUUCGCAAGCAGAAUUCCCGAGUCUAUACCCGCUCGGUAUGGGCCUGGAACCUAACAAGAGCAACGAAGGCCUGCAAGUCGCCCUCGUCGCCAACGACACCCUAGGCACAGAGGCAGAAGUACAGGCCAUGAUGUCGCUGCUCUCAGCGCAGAAGGUCUCCUUGACGUUAGUCGCACCCCGGAUUGGGAUGCUGAAGACUGGUGUCACGGCCAAUGCGAGUUUCAUCACCACCAGCGACGUCUUCUUCGACGCCAUCUUCAUCGGCUCGUCGAUCAUCUCCAAUGGCACGAACAGCGCGGGGCUAGAUACAGACCCUUACAACUUCGUCAUGGAAGUUUAUGGGCAUGGGAAAGCUAUUGGUGCACUCGGGACGAGUGGCAGUGCGAUUUUGAAUGGCUUGGGUGUUGGAGGUGAGGCUGGGGUUUACAGCGGCAGCGCGAUGGAUGUUACUGUGGGUGUCCUAGACGCGCUGGCCGGGCCUGUUCGGUUCCCGCAGCGGUUUACGACUGAUGAUGUGGAGGCUAUAUGUGGUGCUGCUUAG